AUGGCCGGGUAUUGUUCACUUUCAUCAAAUUCGAUUCAGAACCACCGCAGAUGGCGAGACACAUAUCAAGCUGGUGACCGAGACGGCUCUGGUGGACAUACUCUUUAUCCAGUGCAGUCCCGAACGCAGUCUGGUACCUUCAAUCAGUACGACUACAAAAACACAAACUUCAAGAAGGAAUUCAAUAUCACAAAGAAGCCCAAAGAUCUGCCGAAAAAACCUGGGUCUGACUCGGAAAAUAGCGACGAGGAAGACGACAAAACUGCGAAACCAGUGCCACAUUCUUCCAACCAGGUUCAAAAGCAGCCUUCAUAUGGGCUUCGCUUCAACGACGAGGAAGGAUCUGAUGAAAAUGAGCAAUACAACUACGCGAACGACGAUGCUCUUUUUAUGCAACAAGCUUCAACUGGUUUUCAGGACGAUUCGUUGAAUAUGUUCCAGGGAAUGAAAUCAGCGAAGAAAAAGAAGAGAAAGCGAAAGAGAAAGAAUCCAGAAGGAGAAGACGCUCCUGAAUUGACCCAAGAGCAGGCUUCUUUGCGUGAGCAGGCGAAAAAAGAGUGGGAAGCUGUGAAGCAACUGCCGAGCGGAAGUGGAGAACUGAAAGCGGAUAAUUCGGACGAAGAGCAAAGCUCUGGCAUGUCCGGAAGAGCGAAAUGGGGAAAGAAAAACAACAAGAAACUGAUGAAGGUGGCGCACAUUCCAAUGGCUCCACUGCUCUUUCAAAAAGCAAAGGGCGUUCUUGGAGACGCAUCACUCGAAAAGAAUGAGAACAAACCGUUCGAAGAAAUGAGUAGCGAGGAAAGAGCGAGAAAGGUGAAGUUUUUGGCAAAAGAAGAAGAAGACGCACAGGUGGAGUACCAGAGCUGGAAACGGGAUUACACGAGUUGGUUUGUUGAUACUUUCACAAUGCGAGGGUUGCUAAACGGGCAAGAUCCGAUCGAACUAUUGAAGAAAACUGAAGUUGACGGCUUCAAAGAUGUUGACAGAGCGGUUCAAGAUGAAGCUGCUAAAAUUAGACAAUACUUCCUUACUUUCAAAAUCGUCGAUAUGAAAACGAAAAAGUGUCAAAAGGACUUGGAGAAGUUCAAAAAGAAGCUUUCCGAAAGUGCGAAAAGCGUCGAGCAAUGA